AUUUUAUAUUAAUAUAUUUUUUAUUAUAUUAUAUUUAUUGAAUCCAUGAGUGCAACUGGCUCGACUUCUUCUCGAGGCACACAUUCACGCUCGCCUUCACGUUCAAGAUCUCCUCCAUACAGUGAUGGACGUUAUCUUCCAAGAUAUUCUUCAAGAUAUGAUUCUUAUAGCUAUCGACCACGAAGCGGUAUGACUGCAGCUAUUGACGAUUAUUGGGAAUUACGAGAUCGUGAAAGAGAUAGAGAACGAGAAAGGGAUCGAUCUAUGCUUAUGAUGAGAGAAGAUAGAUAUAUGCGUGGAAGAUAUACGCCUUAUUAUCGUGACGAAACGUCAACUUCACAUCAUUAUACUUCUUCUUCUUCAUCAUCCAAUAUUCCAAGAGAUUAUAAUAAACCUUCAUCAACAUUACGCCGUGAAGGCAGUACUGAACGUCCAUCUACCUUAUCAACAAAAGCAAAGGAUGAAUCAAGCAACAAAUCUUCUAUAAAUGCACCUGAAAGUUAUACUUCAAGAUAUUCUGACUGGCGAGAAAGGGAAAGGGACCGAGAUCGCCGUUAUAGAGAUGACGAUCGUCGUCGUGAUUUUGAUAGAAGAAGUCGUGAUGGUUAUGGUAUGCGAGAUAUACGAUAUGAUACUUCUUCUUAUACUAGUCCUACUUCAGCCUAUCCUCCUCCUCCGUUUGGUGGUGAUUCAUAUCGACCUGGUGGCAGAGAUCGUGAACCUUCUUCUCCUGGCACUCAUUAUUAUGAUCGUGAUAAUAGGGAUCGCUUUGAAGAUCGUGAUUUUUAUCGACCUGUAUCAAGAGGCUCAUCUAUUGAAUUUGAUCGUUAUCGUAAUAGACCUCCUCGUACUUCUAUACCCUCUACUGGACCUAGUUCUACUACUGGUGGAUUGGAUCGUAAUACAACCGCUUGGCGAGCAAAUAGUCGUGAAAGGGAUCGUGACACUGGAAAAUCUGUCUAUGGCACUACUGGAUCUAUAUCUACCUCUUCAAGAGAUGAUAACAAGUCUACUGAUACAAAGUUCGAUGAUAUUGAAGUCGAUCAAGAAUCUGUACAUAGUAUAUCAGUUGAUACUGGAAAAGUGGAAGGACCAUCAACAGUCGAUUCUAUCAUACCUGACAAGGACAACAAUGAUGAUCAAAUAAAAGUGACAAAUUUUAAAAAAACAGAAACGACAACUCAUUUGCCAACAAACAUACGACCUGAUGAAUCAAAUGAACAAUCAAGUAGAAAAACUACUCUUCGUGUUGAUGUCUCUCUACCAACUAGCUUGCGCGAUAAUACGAUGGAUAUUGAUGCUCCUACACCUACAUCGGCCUCAACAAUAUUAUCUUCUCAAUCUCCUGCAUCUGCAGUAUUACCAGCUCAUCUCACAGAUACAAAGAUCCACAAAACUAAUUCUCCACAGUCUUCGUCAACCUAUAUUUCACCAUCACAGUCUAAUACAACAUAUACAGAUGAAAAGUCAGUCAAGUCUGAACAUCGAUCAUUAACAGCAACAAAACCAAUGAACACUAGUGAAGAAGAAAUAUCGUUAACAACAACCAAGGUCAAAUUAGAAAUGGGAACAUCUUCAAAUAUCGUUGUCGAAUCAUCUCGGCAAAUCUCAUCUUCGACAUCACCGGUGGACAAUAGCAAAGAAAACACUGAACCCAACACCAACGUUCAAGUCAAGUCAGAACCAAUUAUGUCUCAACAACAAAUUGUGGCUCGAAUUGACGAAAUCGAAAACGAUAUCACCAUGUAUGAAGAAAUGCUGGAACAAAUCAAUAAACAAGAGGCUGACAGCAAACAACAGCAACAACCGCCAUCCGAGGUAGAGUCACCAGCUGAUACAAAGGAUGAAGAUGAAGACACCGAAGAAGAAGCAGCAGCAAAGAAGCAAGCCUUACAAGUGAUUAGUGAAGGUAGUCAACCAAUGACCGAUAUUCAGAAUCUUCCGUUUAAUGAUUCUCCAAUGAUGCGACGACGACCUCAGGUGCUUAUGGAUCAAAUACGAACACAUGAUGAUAAUAUUGAUAACGCCCUUUCUAAUGCUAUUAUUUCAGUCAAUCGACAGUUGGCAAAAGAAACUUCUCGUAUGAUCAAUGGAUGGCAAGGCAAAGAAGAUGAUGGUGGUGAUUGGUCUGAUGAAGAAAAAUGGUGUGCUCCUAUCUAUAGCAAGAUUCAAGAUUGUCCAAGCUUCAAGGAGAAUGAAGAUACGUUUAAGAAACUCAAGUUACCAAUGGCAACCUACUUGGCAAACAACCAAAAGCAACUCAAGCAAAAAGAAAGGAAACUGAAACGUGAAUUCAAGAAAAUCUAUAGUCAAUGGAAGAACAAGAACAUGGCUCUCGACCGAAUGCGGGAUCAAGAACGUCGAGGAUCUGAUCGUUAUGGUGGUUCAACUGGCUACAGGUCAUCUUCAAGGCGUGGACGAGGGGUGGAAGAAGAACCUGAAGAAUAUAUGGAUGGUAUCAUUUUCACUGGGAAUCAUGAUGCAUUACGAUUCAGUACAGAUGGUGCAUCAACUCCUUUUGGACGUGGUGGAGGCAAGGGUACUUGGACAUCCGAUGCAGCAAGAUCUGAAGCUGAACUAUUAGAAAUCAUUCAAUCAUUGGAAAGUGCGGAAAUGCGAAAUCCUGAACUACGUGCAGCGAAAACAACAGCAACCAUACCACCUAUGAUUUUGGACGUUAAGGAGCGAGCUAGGACUUAUGAUGAUCGCAGUGGUUUGGUGGAGAAUCCUAUGGUAUACUAUCACACUGGUACUGAAACUGAAGAUGUAUGGACUCAACAAGAAAUGACGGCCUUUAUGGAAAGUUAUAUGCAAUAUCCAAAGCAAUUCGAUAAGAUUUCAGCAGCGGUACAAACUAAGACUGCUUCUCAAUGUGUGUUAUUCUAUUAUCGUAAGAAGACCAAGAUCGACUUCAAGGCAUUGAUGCGAAAGGGAAGACGUGGGAAAAAUAGACGACGUGAAAGACUGGCAGCAGCUAUUCGACGGGCCACAGGGGAUGCAGCAACAAGUGCACGUAAAGGAAAAAGCAAGGGUUCAGCACUUAUGGCGGAUAUUGGACAAGCACAAGUUUCACGAAGGGCUAAAGAAAAAGAAACUGAAAUCAAAUCCAAAGAGUUACGCGAAUUGGAAGAAGCCAAUGCCUACUGGGAUGGUGUUGCUGAACGACGCAAAUCAAAACGACCUUCUUCUGCACCAAAUCGAACUUCUACAACAACAACAACAACAACAACAACAACAACUGCUACUGCUACAGCUAAUACAACUACUACUACCACUAAUAUGACAACUGGAAACAAUGAUGAUGUGACAAGUGAUAGUACAUCAACAAAACGAAAGACCAACAAACGAAAGGGUAGAUCACCACGAUCAUCUGUGACAAGCGUACCUGAUACUGGAAUUGUAUUUCCUGAAGACUCAAUGGUAGAAGGUACAACCAUCACCAAAUUAUCAUCAAAGCAAGAGUAUACAAAAUCAUCGACACUACUUACCAGUGACAGUUAUCAAGAUGAUCAAUCUGAAGAGUCAAUGAAGUCACAAGGUAGCACAUCAAAUACUACUAUGGCAAAAUGGACUGAUCAAGACAAGAACGCUGCAGUGGAUGCAUUCAAGGAGUUGGGUAGGGACUUUAUUAAAGUGGCUAGCAAGGUUGGUACCAAGACAGACGAACAAUGUCGCAAUUUUUACUUCAAUCACAAAAGAAAAUAUGGACCCAAUGCUUUUGGUGAAGAGGAUAAUAAUUCAGAAUUUGUAACUACACCGGAAACAACAUCACCAUCUAUAGCAACAAAUACAACAACCAUGAUCUCUGAUACUUCAACUAUCAAAAUGGAAACUGGACGUACAGGUUUGAAGGCAGAGGAAGAAGAUGCAGCUGCAGCUCUGGUUGGAUUAUUUCAAAUGGGUGGAAGUCGGGAUCAUACUAUGGAUACAACAUCAUCACCAUUAACUUCUUACUCGUCGCCCGUUACCAACGAUACAUCCUCUGGUUUACAGCAUCCAUCUUCUAAUCAUCCUGGAUUACAGCAACAACCAUAUCAACCACAACAAAAAGGACGUCGUCGUGCAAGGACGACAUCUGGGAAAAUGGAUUCAACAGAUGAUUGGACUAGUGAUGACAUGACGGUAUCCACUGGACGUAAUAUACUUGGCAAGAAAUCAGGUUUGGAACCAAAACGAGCAUCAAGUUCAUCCUAUUGGUCUGUGUCUGAACGUGGUGAAUUUGUACAUUAUUUGGAACAAUUUGGAAGAGAUUGGACAAGAAUUGCCAAUGCAAUGAAAACGAAGACGAUGAUCCAAGUUCGAAACUUUUAUCAAAACAAUGAAGAAAAAAUGCAAUUGGACAAGAUAGUACAUCGACGUGAAGGGAUUCAGCCUGCAUCAUCGAUACAAUAUGGCAACAAACAUAUACAACAACAGAUGCCUCCUAUGGGUGCCACUUUUGACAAUCAUCCUUCAAGGUAUUCACAAGUAUCAACAUCAUCAUCACCUCCACAGCCUUAUCAUACAUCAAUAUCAUUACCAACUCAUUCCUAUGGAAAAUCAGUCGAUCCUUCACCUGUUGCAACACCGCCACCACCACCUUAUCAUACAACAUUACCACCUGGACCUAGGGCAGGUUACUUCAAUCCAUCAUCCUCUACUCGAUCAACUCAGUCUAUGGAUUAUCCUUCUUAUGACACUCCUCCAUCUAAUUAUCGCUCUUAUGGAAGUAACUAUACUCAUAAUAACACACAACAACAUCGACCACAAUCUGCACCUUCAGGACGAAAUAUUUUGAAUCCACCUUCUACAACAUCUCCAGCAGCUGCAGUAACAAGGGUAUCUGAUUUAUUGAAUAGUAAUGAUGAACCAGCUGAUACAAAUAAUCAAAACAGUUGGGAAACUUGGUUUGGUGCUUAGAUCUAUUAUUAUUAUUGGUUUGGUAAGUUUUUAGUUUAGUUAUUUUUUUUUUUU